GACUCUCUUGAAUGCUACAACAAAUUUGAUUCCAUGACAAGAAGACAAGCAUGGGAUUUCUGAGAGCCACAAUCUUUUCUUCAGUUUUGGUUUUUCUCACACAGAUAAACCAGUGUAGUACAAACGGCUGCAACUUCCUGUCAGCAAGUUCUCCAAGUAGCUCUUCUCUCCAGUUGACAUGGGAAAAAUAUCCGACAGGAACCAGCUACAUGUUAGACAUCCGAAGGACAAGCUCCGUAGAUUUUAUUCCGAUUAUUAUAUUAGGGCUUGACCAAAGGACAGAAAGGAUUGUGCAGGGUCUGUUACCUGGAACCGAGUACAAUGUGACCCUAAAAGUCUUUAGGUUCUACUUAAUAGACUGUAUGACCACAACGUUGGCACGUACAGUCCCUGACACGCCUCACAUAUCGGAGGGAAGGCCAUUAUCCAGCUCUUCCAUCUCUGUAAGAUGGACUAAUGUGACUUCUGGGCAGUAUUAUGUACUGCAGGUUUAUUCUCAGACCACAGGGAAAAUGAUCAACUUCACCCUCUACAACACCUCAACUGUAGUAAGAAACCUUCAGCCUUCUACCAACUACGACUGCUAUGUCUAUGCAGUUAACCAGGCCGGCUUUGGGAACAGAAGCCGAGUUAGGACCAUCACCACUUUGACGCCCCCUCCAGUAGGCGUUAAAGCAGUACAAACAAACCCAGUAACGGCAAGAGUGACGUGGCAGCCCGUGGACAACGUCCUCUUGUACAAAGUCGCCAUCCAGAACCUGGAUGAACCCACCAGCCAGCCCUCAGUCUACAAUGUCACAAACACCCAGCUGGACAUUGGAAACAUCCACCCCUGUACCAACUAUUUGAUAUCAGUGUACUCAUAUAACACAUUUUUGGCCAUAAGCGAGCCCACAGACUACACGUACACCACUAACAAACUGACACCGGUGUCAUCAGUCAAUGUGGACUACGAUUGUUCCACCAAGUCUGCCACAGUGUCUUGGACGGCUGUUCUUGGAGCCGACUCAUACGUGGCCACAGUUACUCCUAAAAACGGUACAAAGAUUGAGUGCACUAGCCGGAGCACCAGCUGUCAGCUGAGCGCGCUAGAUUGUGGUCAGCUCUAUGAGGUUCACGUCACGCCCCUGUCAGGGAACUGCAAGAACUUAGUCAACACCAGCUCUGUCUUCUUUCAGACAGCACCCUGUAUGCCCAGAAAUCUGCAAACGUACGCCAACUGCAGCACAGGUACUCUGCUCAGCACAUGGGACCAUGCUGAAGGAGCCCUGCGCUACAACGUGACGGCACAGGGCAACUUCCAAAACAGCAUUUACUCCUGCAGCUCACAGUCCAACAGCUGUGCUAUGGCCGGCCUGCAGUGCGGGGAAAGCCUAACCAUCUCAAUCAAGUCCUCUGACGAUGAAUGUGACAGUCCACCCACGCUUGGGCUUCCUGCUGAGACAGCCCCAUGCACCCCUCAGAAUGUAAAUGCUGUGAAACAGUGUGGAAAUAACUUGGUCAUGGUGAGCUGGAGUUUAAGCAGUGGUUCACUUUUCUACAUCGCCAAGGCAAAGGAUGAUGAUGGUGAAACGCACAGCUGCAACUCCUUAGACAUGUCCUGUAUGAUCAGUGGCCUGAAGUGCAGCACCAAAUACAAGGUCUCUGUCAUUUCCUCCAACUUCAUGUGCAACAGCUCUGAAAGUGAAGUGGUCACCAUAGAAACAGCUUACUGCCCACCAGAAAACCUGACCGCCUCCCUGGACUGUGCUGCCAACGAGGCUCAGAUUUCAUGGCAGGGAGCUCCUUCAUUGAACUCCUACACUGCCACCAUGACGGACACAGGCAAUGGCCUUCUCAGUUGCAGCUCCACUAAGCAGAGCUGCAGAGUGCCCAGCCUGAAAUGUGGCCAACUCUACACUAUCACUGUCAGUUACCAUGAUGGCACAUGCCCAGGCUUGAUGUCCAAACCCAUCUACAUGCACUCUGUUGUGACAUGA